AAAAUUUUUAUCUCCACUUUGUAAAACCAAAAAAACCCUCCAUACAUUUUUUUCACGAUGCCUUCUACAGACACAACACCAGUGCGCAGCCCAACAAUACCGUGCGCACAGUGCACAUCCCGUAUCCACAUCACGCCGACGGCAUGCAGCUGCCAUAGCUGGACAACAAUCAAGCAGACGCAGCUGCAAGACGCACUUUUGCUAAUGGACGUGGCCGGCAGCGACUCUGGCGACUCGACAGCGGCCGAAUCGCCCAAGCCGGCAAGCCGCGCGGCGCAGCAGCGGCACGAGCGCAAUCUCACGCGGGCCUUCUCGCAGCUCUCGCAAAUGUGCCAGUCGAUGGACCUUUCGCUGACAAUAGACCAUACUGCGCGCUCGCUGUAUCAACGCGCCGAGGCCCGCAGCCUGCACCGCGGCAAAAGCCUCGAUGCCAGUCCUGGCCACGAGGGCGUGCCAAGGACCUUUAAGGAGAUCUGUGCGUUGACGCGCCUGGGCGCCUGCAGUAUGUCGUCGGGCGAUCUGAUGGCUAGGUUCUGCGCGAAUUUGUCGCUGCUCAGGGGCGCCGUGGAGUGUGCAGUGGAGCUGAGCAGACGCGCCAGGGAGUGCGAUACGUUGGCGGGCAAGAGCCCUGUGUCGGUGGCCGGCGCUUGCAUUUAUAUGGCGUCGCAUUUGGUCGGCCAGCCCAGGGACGCCAAGGUUAUUUCCAAUGUCGCUGGGGUCAGCGAAGUCACGAUUAAGAACUCGUAUCGGUUGCUGUUUGCCGACCGCAAGCGCCUGCUGUCCGACGACCUGCUGGCGCUUGCCCAGCACGCUUCCAUAGACCUUCUGCCUCUGCCCUGACUCCAAAUGCUGUCCUGGCCGCAUCUGCCUUUACUCUUCUAGUAUAAAUUUGUUGAAAAACGGUAUCUGGUUCCCAAUGAUUCCUUGUCCCUUGUGGGGGAGCUGCAUCCGAGGCCUAAAACUCAGGCAGGGGAUUCUCUGAGCUUUGGGCGAAGGCGUAAGAGCAUACAGCGAUCAGAUCCUGUCCCGUGACCUUUUGCAUCACUAGCACUGAGAGAUUCCGCCCCAUGGCUUUUUCUCCUGUGCUUUUCCACCUCUUG